UCUUGUAACCCAUAUAGCCGCAUCUGUCUCUCGGGUACGGUAGAAUCAGCUUUCCGCCGCCGGUAAUGUCUAGACUUAUCUUCGGUUAUUGCGAGGUGGAAUAUUGGAAAGGCAACAAAGUCUUUACGGGUCAGGAUUAUGCUGGUAACUAUGGCCCGAGGCCUGGAACCCCGAACUCUACGACUUGCGUCGUUGUUGAUGCCAUAAAUGAUGCCUUUCUACCUUGUUUCGUGAGCAAUUGAUUAUGAUUCUUAUCGUUAAGCAUCAUCUCUGGUUUGCCAAGUUGGUUGGUCACCGUCUAGCCUAUUUCUCAUGGGUUCUUUUAUACCAGGUAGUAUGAGGGCAGUGGUCUUCAAAGGCCCCUUUGAAGUCGAAGUUGUGACCAGAGCAACUCCUCAUAUUCGCGAGCCCACCGACGCGAUUCUCAGGGUCUCCUCCACGGCUUUGUGCGGCAGCGACUUGCACUACUACCGAGGCCAUCAGAAGUCAACGCCAGGGUUUGUCUGCGGGCAUGAGACCGUCGGAUACGUAGUGGCACUAGGCGAUUCAGUUCGGAAUUUUCAGAUCGGUGACCAUGUCGUCGUUCCAUUCUCUACUGCCUGCGGCGACUGCUUUUAUUGCAAGCAAGGCGAAUCUAGUCGAUGCUCAAAGGGCGUACUCUUCGGUUGCAUCACACCCGCAUUCACCGUCGAUGGAGGACAAGCGGAAUACGUCCGCGUGCCGCAUGCCGCAUCGUCGUUGGUAAAAGCCCCGCCCGGGAUUCCAGAAGACAUGCUCGUCCUGAUGGCAGAUGUCUUCCCGACAGGCUAUUUCGCUGCUAGUCGCUUCCUCAAAGACCUACCUAAGACACAACAAGAAGAUACUAUAGCCGUAGUACUCGGCUGUGGGCCUGUAGGUAUCUGCGCCAUCGCAUCAGCUAUCUAUCUCACAGGCGGCCAAGCCAAGGUCUUUGCUGUUGACUCUAUCCCAGAACGGCUGGAGGCGGCUAAGAAACUAGGUGCAAUCCCCGUCAACCUCUCCGACAAUCCAGUCGAGAAGAUCAAGGAAGCCUCGUCCGGUCGCGGUGCAGACGUCGUGAUGGAAAUUGUUGGCCAUGCUGAUGCCCUCGAACUCGCCUUUGAUCUGGUCCGUCCUUUUGGCAAAAUUUCGAGUGUGGGAGUGCACAAUGAACAGAUCAGUUUCCCGGGGUUUGCUUUAUACUCGAGAAAUGUAACGAUGGUCUUCGGGCGGUGUCCUGUACGGAGUAUAUUUGACGAGACUGCUGCUGUGCUAGAGAAGUUGAAGGUCAAGCUUGGUUUUUUGUGCCAGAAGAAAAUGUCUCUUGAAGAGGCGCCGGAGGCUUUCAAGUUGUUCGAGAAGCAGAAAGUACAUAAGAUUUUAUUUAGCAUAUAGGGAAUGCAGGCUCUUGGUUCAGAAAUAGAAAUCAUGU